AUGUAUCGAUGUUGUGAAACGACAAGAAUCGCACAAUACCUUCUUGUAUCGUUAAAUGGAGUGGAAUAUUACAAACUAAUAGACGGAGCUAGCAAUACAGUACAGUUCCUAUUUUUUUUUGAAGAGUCUUCGAAUGCGGUUAAUUUUGAAACGAGAAGACCCGCUCUAGAGGUUGGAGAUACUAUCGUGAUGGAUAACCAAGCAACCCAAGACAACAUUAAUGGUAGCGACAGUACAAGUACAAGUAAUGCCGAAUGGACUAACGAAAUAAAAAUUAAUUUAUUAAGGAUUGAAGAACAGGAAAGAAGUAGAGGAAGAGGGUUCAUGAAGAGAAUGAAAGAAGCAUGGGACUCGAUCUAUUUAGACAAGCCAAUGAGUGCACAGUGUCUGAGGGAUAAUGCAGCAAGAUUCCGGAAAGAUAAAGCGGUAGGGAGAGAGGGAUGA